UUUUAAUUUUGGGUUGGGGAUUGAUAUUUGAUCGAUGCGGAGCUGAAGUUUCUGAUCUGAGUGAAGCUAUUGCAAAAUGGUUGCUUCGGUGGCUGUAGGAUCUCUUGUUUGGGUGGAGGAUCACGAUGAAGCCUGGCUUGAUGGUGAGGUCAUAUCGGUCAAUGGCGAUGACAUCAAAGUCCUUUGUACAACCGGAAAGACGGUUGUGGUCAAGUCGUCAAAUGUAUAUCCAAAAGACGCCGAAGCCCCACCUUGUGGGGUCGAUGACAUGACAAAGCUCGCGUAUUUGCACGAACCGGGAGUAUUACAAAAUCUGAAAUCCAGAUACGACAUAAACGAGAUAUACACGUACACCGGAAAUAUAUUAAUCGCUGUGAAUCCGUUUCAAAGAUUGCCUCAUCUGUACGAUAGUCAUAUGAUGGCACAAUAUAAAGGAGCAGCCUUUGGCGAAUUGAGUCCUCACCCUUUCGCUGUUGCGGAUGCUGCGUACAGGCUUAUGAUAAACGAAGGAAUAAGUCAGGCAAUUCUUGUCAGUGGAGAGAGUGGAGCGGGUAAAACAGAAAGCACGAAAUUGCUCAUGCGUUAUCUUGCUUACAUGGGAGGUCGUUUGGCGUCAGAAGGAAGGUCAGUCGAGCAAAAAGUUCUCGAGUCGAAUCCAGUUCUCGAGGCUUUUGGUAAUGCGAAAACAGUGAGAAAUAAUAACUCGAGUCGUUUCGGUAAGUUUGUGGAGCUUCAGUUCGACGAAAGGGGUAGAAUCUCUGGUGCUGCCAUUAGAACUUACUUGCUCGAAAGAUCUCGAGUUUGCCAGCUGUCCGAUCCCGAGAGGAACUACCAUUGUUUCUAUAUGCUUUGUGCUGCACCACCAGAGGACAUUAAACAUUUGAAAUUAGGAAACCCGAGAACAUUCCAUUACCUGAACCAGACGAAUUGCUACGAGCUUGACGGGAUCGAUGAUGCCAAGGAAUAUACUGCAACGAGGAAUGCGAUGGAUACCGUCGGAAUUAGUUCCGAGGAACAGGACUCAAUAUUUCGUGUUAUUGCUGCAAUUCUCCAUCUCGGGAACAUCGAAUUUACGAAGGGGAAAGAAUACGAUUCGUCCAUGCCCAAGGACGAAAAAUCUUGGUUCCAUUUAAGAACUGCAGCGGAGCUUUUCAUGUGCGACGAAAAGGCUUUGGAAGAUUCCCUUUGCAGACGUGUAAUCGUGACUCGUGACGAAACGAUCACCAAAGAGUUAGAUCCAGAGGCUGCUGUUUCAAGUAGAGAUGCUUUGGCCAAAGUUGUCUACUCGAGGCUGUUCGAUUGGCUAGUGGACAAAAUCAAUAAUUCGAUCGGUCAAGAUCCUAAUUCGAAAUAUUUAAUCGGGGUUCUUGAUAUUUACGGAUUCGAGAGUUUCAAGACUAACAGUUUCGAACAGUUCUGCAUAAACUUGACCAACGAGAAACUUCAGCAGCAUUUUAAUCAGCACGUUUUUAAAAUGGAGCAAGAGGAGUAUACGAGAGAAGAAAUAAAUUGGAGUUACAUCGAGUUUAUCGAUAAUCAAGAUGUUUUAGACCUCAUCGAAAAGAAGCCAGGUGGCAUCAUUGCACUUCUCGACGAAGCUUGUAUGUUUCCAAGGUCCACUCACGACACAUUUGCACAAAAGCUGUACCAGACUUUCAAGAACCACAAACGCUUCAGCAAACCCAAAUUAGCUCGUUCCGACUUCACCAUUUGUCAUUAUGCUGGUGAUGUAACUUAUCAAACCGAGUUGUUUCUAGAAAAAAACAAGGACUACGUAAUUGCCGAACACCAAGCACUGUUGAGUGGUUCCAAAUGUUCGUUCGCUUCGAGUUUGUUUCCAGUAUCGAACGAGGAAACGUCCAAGCAGUCGAAGUUUUCUUCUAUUGGCUCGAGAUUUAAGCAACAAUUACAAGCCCUGCUCGAAACUCUGAGCGCCACCGAACCACAUUAUAUCCGAUGUGUGAAGCCGAAUAAUCUUCUUAAGCCACAUAUAUUCGAGAACCAAAAUGUGCUGCAACAACUACGCUGCGGGGGUGUUCUAGAAGCAAUUAGGAUAAGUUGUGCUGGAUAUCCCACCAAAAGACCUUUCUACGAAUUUGUCGACCGUUUUGGUGUACUUGCACCCGAAGCUCUAGACGGAAGUACGGACGAGGUUGCGGUUUGCAAGAAGCUUCUGGAGAAAGUCGGACUCGAAGGAUAUCAGAUUGGUAAAACGAAAGUGUUUCUAAGGGCCGGUCAAAUGGCAGUGCUGGACACUAAAAGAACCGAGAUCUUAGGAAAAUCGGCCAGCAUUAUCCAGAGGAAAAUUCGUUCUUACAUGGCUCGAAAAAGCUUCAUACUUUUCCGUCGAUCUACAAUACUUAUUCAGUCCGUGUGCAGAGGAGAACUUGCGAGGCACGAUUAUGAAACCAAGCGAAGAGAAGCUUCUUGUCUGAGAAUUCAGAGAGAUUUGCGAAUGUACAUUGCAAGAAAAGCGUAUAAAGAAAAACGUGCAUCUGCUCUUUCGGUUCAGACCGGAAUGCGUGGGAUGGCUGCUAGAAAUGAGCUUCGGUUUAGGCGGCAGACGAAAGCGGCAAUUCUUAUCCAGAGUCAUUGUCGCAAAUUCUUGGCUCAUUCGAAAUAUGUGAAGCUGAAGAAAGCUACAAUCACCACUCAAUCUGCUUGGAGAGGAAGAGUUGCUCGUAAAGAACUGCGUAGUUUGAAGAUGGCGGCAAGAGAAACUGGUGCUCUACAAGCUGCAAAGAAUAAAUUAGAGAAGCAAGUCGAGGAAUUGACAUGGAGAUUACAGCUCGAGAAACGAAUGAGAACCGACCUAGAAGAAGCAAAAACCCAAGAGAACACAAAAUUGCGAACAGCUGUACAAGAGCUUCAGCUUCAGUUAAAAGAAGCUAAAGACACAUUAGUAAAGGAAAGGGAAGCCGCAAAAACGGCAGCCGAAACGAUCCCUGUAAUACAGGAGGUUCCAGUCGUUGACCAUGAGUUGACCGAAAAGCUCAAUGCUGAAAACGCAGAACUCAAGGACUUGGUCAACUCUUUGAAAACAAAAAUAAUCGAGACAGAGAAGAAAUACGAAGAGACUUACAAACUUAGUGAGGAGAGGUUAAAGCAAGCCAUGGAGGCAGAAUCGAUGAUUGUGAAGUUGAAAACCACUAUGCACAGUCUCGAAGAAAGAAUAGCGGACAUGGAAUCUGAGAACAAAAUUCAGUGGCAAAGCUUGUUAACCAAUAAGGGAGUGCCACCACAGUCUCUGGAUUUAGCUUCCAAGGUACUCGAGAACGGAAACCAUGCUAAUGAAUCAAUCACACUCAACGAUUUAUUGCUUACUCCAGAAAAAGGAUUUGAAACCCCCGACAACAAACCAAGGAGACCCCCGAUUGAUCGUCAGCAUGAGGAUGUUGAUGCUCUGAUGGAAUGUGUAGUGAAAGACGUCGGCUUCAGUCAAGGCAAACCCGUCGCAGCUUUCACAAUAUAUAAAUGUCUUCUGCACUGGAAAUCCUUCGAAGCUGAACGUACUAGUGUGUUCGAUCGUCUCGUUCAAAUGAUUGGUUCUGCUAUUGAGGAUCAAGACAGCAACGAUCAUAUGGCUUAUUGGCUCUCGAAUACCUCGACUCUUCUCUUCUUACUUCAAAAAAGUAUGAAACCUGCCGGUACAACUGGCACAGCUUCGGUUCGUAAACCUCAACCAACUUCCCUCUUCGGGAGGAUGACGAUGGGAUUUCGUUCGUCGCCUUCUACUGUCAAUUUUGGUGCCGCUUCAGCGGCCCUCGAAACAGUAAAACAAGUCGAAGCCAAAUACCCGGCUCUUCUUUUCAAUCAGCAGCUAAUUGCCUACGUAGAAAAAAUGUACGGUAUUAUUCGAGACAAUUUGAAGAAGGAGCUGGGCUCGCUUCUUGCAUUAUGUAUUCAGGCUCCAAGGACAUCUAAGGGGAGUGUGCUGAGAUCUGGUCGGUCGUUCGGCAAAGAGUCGCAUACGAAUCACUGGCAGGGAAUUAUUGAUUGCCUCAACACUCUUCUCACUACCCUUAAAGAAAAUUUUGUUCCUCCGGUUCUCGUACAAAAGAUAUUUACUCAAACGUUUCAGUACGUAAACGUGCAACUCUUUAACAGCCUUCUCCUACGACGGGAGUGUUGUACAUUUAGCAACGGGGAGUACGUCAAAUCGGGGCUAGCUGAGCUGGAAUUGUGGUGCUGCCAAGCAAAAGAUGAGUACGCGGGCUCCGCUUGGGAUGAACUCAAACACAUAAGACAAGCCGUUGGAUUCUUGGUUAUACAUCAGAAGUACAGAAUAUCGUAUGACGAGAUAAUUAAUGAUUUAUGUCCGGUUCUUAGUGUUCAGCAGCUGUACAGAAUAUGUACUCUAUACUGGGACGAUAAUUAUAAUACUCGAAGUGUGUCUUCUGAAGUUAUAUCCAGUAUGAGAGUGCUCAUGACAGAGGACUCCAACAAUGCGGUCAGCAACUCGUUUCUGUUGGACGACAAUUCCAGUAUUCCAUUCUCGAUCGAUGAACUGUCGAAUUCAAUUGAAGUGAAGGAUUUCUUAGAUGUGAAGCCCGCAUUAGACCUCCUUGAGAAUCCCUACUUCCAUUUUCUACAUGAAUGAUGCUACAAAAAAAAGAAAUACGGUGGUACGUUCAGUAAAGCAGCAUUUUCCGACACGACACCAGGCAUAUACACUGUAAAUUCGCCAAAUUUUUCGAUUUUUUUUUUAUUGAUUUUGUUUUUUUAUUUAUUCUGUAGAUUGCUAUAUAAUUUUAUUCUUUAUUAUAAAUGGUAUUUUCCUAAAGUUUUUUUUUUAAGUAUUUUAGGGGGCAGGGAAAUUCAUUAAAUUAAUGUGGAAUAAUUAAUGACUUGUGUUUUUUUGUAUUGUUUUUCUGUGUGCCAAAAAAUGGCAGUAAUUCUUUUUCUAGGGGGAAUUAGGGAUCAGACACUUGUUUUUUGGGUGUCUUUUUUGAGGUUGUUUAGGAAUAUACCAUCCCAAGUUUCUAUGUAAUAAUAUAUGUAAGUCCAUUAUAUUAAUACCAAUUUUCUUUUUUAUUUAUUUA